AUGGUUCCUCCUCCGCCAACCAAGUUGGUGCGGCGCCAUACGACCGAGGGGCGCCUGCUCCUCGUGUCCAAUCGUCUGCCAAUUACUAUCAAGCGCUCAGAUGAGGGCAAAUACGACUUCAGUAUGUCCUCUGGAGGUCUCGUCAGCGGCUUGAGCGGUCUUUCCAAGUCCACCACUUUCCAGUGGUACGGCUGGCCGGGCCUUGAGAUUCCUGAGAACGAAAUCGGUGACUUGAGGAAGAAGCUCAAGGACGACUUCAACGCAGUCCCUGUCAUGCUCGAUGACGAGCUGGCAGACCGUCAUUACAACGGCUUCUCCAACUCUAUCCUUUGGCCCUUGUUCCAUUACCACCCCGGAGAGAUUACCUUCGACGAGUCAGCUUGGAACGCAUACACUGAAGCGAAUCGUCUUUUCGCAAAGGCUAUCGCGAAAGAUGUUCAGGACAACGAUAUGGUAUGGGUCCACGAUUACCACUUGAUGCUCCUACCCGCGAUGCUUCGCGAAGAAAUUGGCAACACCAAGAAGAACGUGAAGCUCGGCUUCUUCCUUCAUACACCGUUCCCUAGCUCUGAGAUCUACCGCAUCCUUCCUGUACGAAACGAGAUUCUUCUCGGCGUUCUACACUGCGAUUUGAUCGGGUUUCAUACCUACGACUACGCCCGCCACUUUUUGAGCAGCUGUUCUCGCAUCUUGGGCCUCGCGACAACACCCAACGGCGUAGACUUCCAGGGCAAGCUGAUCACCGUUGGCGCAUUCCCUAUCGGGAUUGAUCCCGAGAAAUUCGACGAAGGCCUCCAGAAGCCCAAGGUUCAAGAGCGGAUCGCCGCUCUGGAGAAGAAGUUUGAAGGCGUCAAGCUCAUCGUUGGGGUCGAUCGCUUGGACUAUAUCAAGGGAGUUCCUCAGAAGCUCCACGCUCUGGAGGUCUUCUUGACGGAGCAUCCCGAGUGGAUAGGAAAGGUCGUGCUCGUUCAAGUCGCUGUUCCUAGCCGACAAGAUGUUGAGGAAUACCAGAACCUGCGAGCUGUCGUUAACGAGCUCGUUGGCCGCAUCAACGGCAAGUUUGGCACCAUCGAGUUCAUGCCUAUCCACUUCAUGCAUAAGUCGGUCUCCUUUGACGAGCUGAUUGCGCUCUACUCUGUCUCUGACGCCUGCCUCGUUUCCUCAACGCGCGACGGCAUGAACCUCGUGUCAUAUGAGUACAUUGCGACUCAGGAGAAGCGCCACGGCGUAAUGAUUCUCUCCGAAUUUACCGGUGCCGCGCAGAGCUUGAACGGCAGUCUAAUCGUCAACCCAUGGAAUACCGAGGAGCUGGCCGAUUCCAUUCACGAUGCGGUGACCAUGGGCGACGAGCAGCGGGCUCAAAACUACGAGAAGCUCUCUAGGUAUAUUCGCAAGUACACCAGUGCUUGGUGGGGACAAUCGUUCGUCCAAGAGCUCACCAGGAUAUCUGAGCAGGCCGACAGGAAGGUCAAAUUCGCCCCUCGAGCUGAGGGACAGCCGUCUUUCCAGCCCAAGCCUACCGCUGAGGCCACCGACAAGCAGGAAGCUGAUUCAACCGAGAAUGGCGGUGCUGCGCCUCAGCAGAAGAAAGACGAAAACAUGGUAGUCAACCCUUCUUAG